AUGGCGCUCCGCGAGUUCAAGGCGCCGGUGAACUACGAGUCGCAGCAGUCGGCGUUUGAAUCUUUUCUCAAGGACUUCAAGACUUCGCCAGAGCACACUCUCACCACCGCCCUCGGCAACAUCACAAUCGACGAAGAUGAACUCAGCGACGACUAUGAUUUCAUGGACGAGGACGACCAGACGCGCGAUCGCCGCCAGCAGGAAAGGGCCAAGAGGAAAACACCCCAGCACAAGUACAACGAUAUGCUGCAGCAGCUCGCCAACCGCAAAAUCGACGAGUUUGCGAUUGAUCUCGACGAUUUAGCUACCUGGGAGGAGCAAACGGAUGAGUCCAUGAAGCUCGUGGAAUCAAUCGAGAUGAACACAAAGCACUACGUCGAGAUUAUGGCCAGGGCGGUAGACAAUAUUAUGCCGCAGCCUAGCGAAGAGGUCAACUUCAAAGACGAUGUCCUAGACGUGUUAAUGGCCCGACGGCAAGCGAGAAACCGGGAACUCGACCAACUGGCGGAGCGAGAUCCCACCACCGCCGAGGACAAGUUUCCGGCCGAGCUGACCCGCCGGUAUACUCUCGUCUUCAGACCUCGGACAAGCACAGGCGAGGAUAUCUCCAAGGCGUUGGCCGUCCGACACGUUCGGGGCGAGCACCUCGGCCACCUCAUCACUAUUCGAGCCAUUGCCACACGCGUUUCCGAUGUCAAGCCCAUCGUGCAAGUCAGCGCAUAUACUUGUGACCGCUGCGGUUGUGAAAUCUUCCAGCCCAUUACUGACAAGCAGUUUGGACCCCUGACCAUGUGCCCCUCAUCUGACUGCAAGAAGAAUCAGGCCAAGGGCCAGCUACACCCCUCCUCCAGAGCCUCCAAGUUCCUACCAUUCCAGGAGAUCAAGGUUCAGGAGCUGGCUGAACAGGUUCCUAUCGGACAGAUCCCCAGAUCCCUUACUGUUCACUGCUUUGGCAGUCUUGUCAGAAAAAUCAACCCUGGUGAUGUCGUUGACAUUUCUGGAAUCUUCUUACCGACGCCUUAUACUGGCUUCAAGGCCAUGAGGGCUGGUCUCAUGACUGAUACGUACCUCGAGGCCCACCACAUUCACCAGCACAAGAAGGCGUACAGUGAGAUGAUUGUCGAUGCACAGCUGGUCCGAAGAAUUGAUCGAUACCGACAGUCGGGCCAGGUUUACGAGCUGCUCGCCAAAUCCAUUGCCCCCGAGAUUUACGGCCACCUGGACAUCAAGAAGGCCCUUCUUCUUCUACUCAUUGGCGGUGUCAACAAGGAAAUGGGCGACGGUAUGAAGAUUCGUGGUGACAUCAACAUCUGCUUGAUGGGUGACCCUGGUGUUGCCAAAUCUCAGCUGCUCAAGUACAUUUCCAAGGUUGCUCCUCGCGGCGUCUACACUUCAGGCCGUGGAAGCAGUGGUGUCGGUCUUACCGCUGCCGUCAUGCGAGACCCAGUCACAGACGAGAUGGUCUUGGAGGGUGGUGCUCUUGUGUUGGCUGAUAAUGGUAUCUGCUGUAUCGAUGAGUUCGACAAGAUGGACGAGAAUGAUCGUACUGCCAUUCACGAAGUCAUGGAACAGCAAACAAUUUCCAUUUCCAAGGCCGGCAUCUCCACAAGCCUCAACGCCCGUACCUCCAUCCUUGCUGCCGCUAACCCGGUCUAUGGCCGAUACAAUCCUCGCAUCUCUCCCGUUGAAAACAUCAACCUCCCAGCUGCGCUCCUGUCUCGUUUCGAUAUCCUCUUCCUGAUCCUCGAUACCCCCACCCGAGACACCGAUGAGCAGCUUGCCAAGCACGUUACAUACGUACACAUGAACAGCCGACACCCGGACCUUGGCACCGACAACGUCGUCUUCUCCCCGCACGAAGUGCGAUCCUAUGUCGCCCAGGCUCGAACAUAUCGACCAGUCGUCCCCGAGUCCGUCUCCGAGUACAUGAUCAAGACAUACGUUCGCCUACGAGACCAACAACAGCGAGCGGAGAAGAAGGGCAAGCAGUUUACACAUACCACCCCUCGUACUUUGCUUGGUGUGGUCCGUCUGGCCCAAGCUCUCGCUCGUCUCCGCUUCAGCAACCAAGUCACACAAGAUGAUGUUGAUGAGGCACUGCGAUUGAUUGAAGCCAGCAAGGACAGCUUGAACACCGAGGCCAAUGGCCCUCGGCGUGGUCUUAAUGCUAGCAGCAGAAUCUACAACCUUGUCAAGGCUUUGGCCGAUUCAGGUGCUUGCCGUCCGGAUGAUGCAGAUGAGGAUGACGAACUGGGUGUGGAACUCAGUAUGAGGAAGGUCAAGGAACGAGUCAUUGCCAAGGGCUUCACAGAGGACCAGUGGCUAAAUGCCCUGGAGGAAUAUACCACAUUGGACGUUUGGCAAACUGCUGGUGGUGGCUCAAGACUAGUAUUCGUUACCGCGGAUGACGAGAGAGAAGGUAGCAUGGAAGAGUAGGAGAGUACCCUAAAAAAAAGUAGAGCUAAUGCGAAGAGGUUGGAUGGUCCUUGAAGGGAAGUGAUGACAUUGUUGGAACUAUUUGCGAAUUUGGUUUGGCGUUAUAUUAUGUUUUGGAGACUUCCCCCUUUUUUUCUUCAAUCGAGGGAUGUUGGAGAAGAGAUCAAAUGCAUUUGGUAGACCUGCGACUAGAUCUUGUAAGAGACUGAAUGAAAUAAAAAAUAUGUAGUACCUCAUGAACUGCAGAUCAAAUGUUCCAUCAAAUGACUAGUGACAGUUUUCCUCGUGGGGGCCGUCAAUGUUCAUUGGCAUCUAAUGAGAUUCUACGGUGGCAUAAUAUAUAAUACAUGUUCAUACAACGCAUUUUUUUUACUCUUUUCCCUCCUGUUCAUUUCUUCAUUCCCCAUUUUUACAUCCUCAUCGUCAUAAGCGACGCCUUCUCCAUCUCACCCACAAUGCCAUGUCCUCCCAAAGCCCACUUCUCCGCCACAGCCCUCGUAUCAAGCGCGCUGCGCAGCAUGCCGCUCGCGCCCCAGUACUCCAUCAGCACUCUCGCCUCGUCCUUGGAAACGCCCUCGAGGCGAAGGACGGUGCUGUUCUUGAGCGCGUCGUAGACCCGGUCGUCGUACUUUCGCUCGUAGGCGUUUGGCUUGGGGACCUCGCGGCCGGCCUGGCCAGCCUCGAGCUGGGAGAGCACGAGCUCCUGCGACGGGUGGAAGUGGGUGUUGUUCUGCGAGGUGGCGGCGAUGACGGCGCCGCCGUUGGGGAGCUUCGUCUUGCCGGAGAGGGCGUCGACAAACAAGCGCACGAGGACGAGCUCGUGCGCGUGGACAAUGUUGAAGGACGGGUCGCGGUACUCGCUGACCUUGUUGAUGUGGGCGAGGCCGUCGAGCGUCAGCAGCACGGGGGGUUGUCCGGGCUGUGUCAGUUCCGUCCACAGGGCGGACAGCGUGGGCCAGGCGAAUUCGCUUUCUUUGGCGCUCUGGGCCAGGUCGGCCAGCGUGGCGCCUUCUUUGAGAUUCGUCAGGCGAGACCAGUCCUUCUUGAGGGGUGUCUUUUCGAGAACUGCCUUGUUGGCCUUGUAGAUGUUUUGGAGCAGCUUGAGGCAGUAUACCGGCUGGGCAAACUGCAUGGGCUCUGUGUCGGGAAUGGGGGAAAACUCUGUGUUUCCGUUUGUAAGAUCUUGGCCUUCAGGAAUGUUAAUAACCACCCAUUCGUUCAGCAGCGCAUAUGACUGGGCCUGAAGCAGCGUCAAGCUCUUCCCUGAAAGCCGGCUUCCCGUCAAAACAAUCUUCAAAGCCUCCUUCUUCUCCACCGAGGCCUCCAGCUUGCCCAUCAGUUCCACCGUCUCCUUGCGCACCAAGACGUGGGGUUUCCGGAACAGAUUCCACGUCUGUGUCGUCUUGAACGCCUCCAGCGCCCUCAAUUGAUCCACCACCUGGUCCGGAAUGGCAAACAUCUUGCCGCUGCUCUCGCCCCUGGCCAUGGUCUGCGCCUCCAGGCUCUCGAUGCCGCUCACGGGCAGGGCGCUGUUGUUGCUGAGCUGGA